CCUGCCUGUGGGACCAAAUCCUACUACGAAGCGAGCGGGUGGCUCUCAGAUUUUCAACUCGCCAUGGCAGCUCUCCCUUCAUCAUCAAACGCCAUCAUCGCUUCUCGCAUUUCGUAUUUCUCCACUCCGACUCUGGUAACGCUGUCUUCUGCCGUCCCUUGCAUACGCCAUCACCUGGGUGUUUUUCCGGAAGUGGACUCAUUAGAUAGAAAAGUGCCAAAUCGGAGUAAAAUAUCAAAGAGUUAUGCUUGCAGUUCCAGGAAAAAUCUUUGUUGUGAUAAUGGAGAAACUUCUGUUCUGAAGGAGUAGUGCUACUUCAACAACAUCCAAGCCUUAUUUCUAAAAAAGGUUAGACCAUACGUUCAGGGAUCGCAUAUAUGCCCGCGACUUACGUUCCGGAUUGCGCGUACCGGAUCGCGGUACGUUCGCGAUCGGAACGAUUGCGAAACGUGUUUUGGGUACGGCGUAUCAUCGUCGCAGAUCGCGUGCUUCUUCCAGCGGAAACGCCGAAUCCAUUGUGCUGUUCGCCGUUCCAUCCAGCGACGAAGCCGCAACUCUUAAGGUACGAAGUUCAAGCGUUGGCGACUGAUUUUCGAAUUGAUUUUUCAAACGCCAAGCGUCGGCGACUGACGAGCUUCACAGUUCCCAGGAGAGGGGCAAUCGCCUUGAUUUUCUCGAGUUUCUUGCUAAGAAAUUCACUAGACACAUCACUUGCUCAAUCCAUUGGGUUUAGGGAGUACAUUGAUAACUUUAAUGGCUAUUCAUUCAUGUAUCCUCACAACUGGAUUCAAGUAAGAGGUGCUGGUGCUGACAUAUUCUUCAGGGAUCCUUAUGUUCUCGAUGUGAAUCUCUCCUUGGAGAUAUCCUCUCCUUCCUCCUCCAAGUAUCAAAGUGUAGAAGAUUUGGGCCCACCCCAAGAAGCUGCAAAGAAAGCACUUCGCCAGUAUUUGACAGAGUUCAUGUCCACUAGGCUUGGCGUCAGGCGUGAAUCAAGCAUUCUCUCCUCUUCUUCAAGAGUGGCAGAUGACGGGAGGUUGUACUAUCAAGUUGAGGUGAAUAUAAAGUCAUAUGCCAACAACAAUGAGUUGGCUGUGAUGCCACAAGAUCGAGUGGCUCGCCUGGAAUGGGAUCGGCGAUACCUCUCCGUACUUGGAGUGGAAAACAACAGGUUGUAUGAAUUGAGAAUACAGACUCCUGAAAAGGAAUUCUCU